GGGAGGGAAAGAGGAGAGAGAAAGCAAGAGAGAGAGUUGUACCUGCAAUUCCAAAGAGGUGCCACACCCAAUGAUUCUCUGAACAACGCCUAUAAUAGCUGAGGCUUUGUAUCGUUCAGACUCAGACUCAGAGGGUCACCUCCUCAUCAUCUCUAUUCUCAUGAUCCUCUUCUCUCUGUUUUUGUUCUUGGCUUCUCAAUCAUCUUGCAUGGAUUUGAAUUUGUAACAAAUAACAAUAACUAAAAAGAAAAUAAUAAUAAUAUUGGGAAAAUUGAAGAAGUGGGUUUUGUUUGUUGUUGAAAAAGAAGAAUUGGGUUUGAGUUUUUUCGAGUGUUUUAGUGAGAUGGGUACGUCAGAAAGUGAAGAAAAAAUGGAAGGGUGGCUAUAUCUCAUACGCUCCAAUCGGAUUGGAUUACAGUACUCUCGCAAACGCUACUUCAUUCUCGAAGAUCACCAUCUCAAAAGCUUCAAAUCUGUUCCCAUUUCCAACAAUCAGGAUCCUGUUAGAAGUGCUAUUAUAGAUUCCUGCAUUCGGGUCAUGGACAACGGAAGGGAGAGCAUUCAUAGAAAAGUACUCUUCAUAUUCACGCUUUAUAAUACUUCAAAUGACAAUGAUCAACUUAAGUUGGGAGCAAGCAGUCCUGAAGAAGUGGCAAGGUGGAUUCAUUUCUUUCAGGAAGCAGCUUUAAAGGGUGGUCCUGAUGAGGAAGAUAAUCUUGUGGGUUGUUCCAAGAGCAGAUGGCUGCCCUUCAGAUUCAGUGGUUCUAGAUGGGUAAACCACUCUAGUUCCAUUAACUGGACUCUUUGUUCUUCCACGCAAACGGAUCCUGUGACUUCGGAUGUUAUUGCUCCUUCACCUUGGACAAUAAUUGGUUGUCAGAAUGGUCUCCGGCUAUUUAAAGAAGCUAAAGAUAGGGAUUCCCAUGUGAAGUGGGAUGAUCAUCCUGCUAUAAUGGCUGUGGGUGUGGUUGAUGGACCUUCAGAAGCCAUUUUCCAGACACUUAUGUCUCUUGGUCCCCUAAGAUCAGAAUGGGACUUCUGUUUCUACAAGGGCAGUGUGGUUGAGCACCUUGAUGGUCAUACUGAUAUUAUUCACAAGCAGUUAUAUAGCGAUUGGUUACCUUGGGGAAUGAAGCGAAGAGAUCUGUUACUAAGACGUUAUUGGAGAAGGGAAGAUGAUGGAACAUACGUUAUUCUCUACCAUUCCGUGUUUCACAAGAAGUGUCCACCUCAGAAGGGCUAUGUCCGUGCCUGCCUUAAAAGUGGAGGAUAUGUUAUAUCACCUGUGAACCAAGGAACACAAUCAGUUGUGAAGCACAUGACUGCUGUUGAUUGGAAAUUCUGGAAAUCUUAUCUACGACCUUCUUCAGCCCGAUCUAUUACCAUCCGUAUGCUUGGGAGAAUAGCUGCAUUACGAGAGAUGUUUAAAGCAAAACUUGGAAAUGAUACCCUUGAUUUAUCAUCAGGAGAGUUGACAAGAAACAUUAGGUUGAAUCAGAUUGAAGGGGAUAGCAUGGUUGAAUUUCAUACACCGAGGGGGUAUGGGAAGACCAGGGAAAAUAAAGCUGAAGAAAUGGAGAAAACACCUUCCGAACAUGCAAGCCUAGUUAGCUUGAAUGAUGUUGCUGAUGAAUUUUUUGAUGUACCAGAACCAUUAGAUUAUGAUCAAUCUGAAAAUAGCUGGUCUCCUGAUUUUGGCCCUGAUACCUACUCCCAGGAUACACGUCAACCAAAAUUAUCCACUGCUGCUGGUCUUGUGAAAAGAUUGCAUGAUCUUGCAGUUCAAAAAAGGGGCUAUGUGGACUUACAAGAGAUGGCAAGGGAAGACUGUAUCCCUUGCUGCUAUGGGACAACCCUUCCAAAAGAUCCAACUUGUACAUUAGCUUGCAGUUGGACACAAGCGGAUCCUUCGGCUUUCCUAAUUCGUGGAGAGAAUUAUCUGGAAGACCAUAAGAAGGUUAAGGCAAAGAGCACCUUGAUGCAAAUGGUUGCUGCAGAUUGGCUGAAAUCUGACAAGCGAGAAGAUGAUCUUGCAGGCCGUCCUGGGAGUGUUGUUCAGAAAUAUGCAGCACAGGGUGGGCCAGAGUUCUUCUUCAUUGUAAACAUGCAGAUCCCAGGCUCAACAGCAUAUAACCUUGCUAUGUAUUAUAUGAUGAAUACUCCUAUGGCAAAUGCACCCUUGCUAGAGCGUUUUGUCAAUGGAGAUGAUGCAUAUAGAAAUUCAAGGUUUAAACUCAUACCAUAUAUAUCUAAGGGUUCAUGGAUAGUUCAGCAGAGUGUAGGAAAGAAAGCAUGCCUUCUUGGCCAAGCCCUUGAAAUUAAUUAUUUCCACGGGAAGAACUAUUUGGAGCUUGGGGUCAAUGUUGGGUCUUCAACAGUUGCAAGGGGUGUGUCUGGUCUUGUUCUCGGAUACCUUAACAAUCUCGUUAUGGAGUUGGCAUUCUUGAUAGAGGCGAAUACACCAGAGGAGCUCCCAGAGUAUCUUCUAGGAACCUGCCGUUUUAACCAUCUUGAUGCCUCCAAAGCAGUAUUAGUGAAACCAUAAUUAGUUCCUAAUACUUCCUCAAAACCCAACCAAAUGUUGGGGGUUAUAGAGUAGAUAAUGGGAAAUUCAGGAUGUCUGGUUCUGCAAAAUUGCAGUCAUUCUUAUAUUCAAUAGAAAUGAAUUUGGCACCAGGUUGUUGUGAUGUAAAUAUCAUUAACGUUGAUAAUCAACCUUUGCAAAAAGAUGCAAUUUCUUGUUGGUGCUUA